UUGACGGUGAGGCGAUCGAGCGCUCAGCGUCUCAUUUUGAUUAAAGCCCGAUUCCCUUCAGUCUGAAGGCUGGGCGCAUGGAAAGGAGGAUCUAAGGGGGCCCGGCGAAACAAAAUACCCCUCACCUAUGGCUGUUUAGAGCAGAUCGGGUACAUUUUGGGAUUGUAGAAGGGAGAUCAUUUUCAAAUAAGCAGAGGUCGCCCCGGGUUUUGUACACAUUUGUGGGCGCCCCAACCAUGGAGAGGCCAAGGUGGUCCCCAAUGUGGAAAACGAAAAGGUGGCUUUUGGAUUCCACUGUUUUCAAAUUCAUCACAGUUUCACUCGUCCUGGUUCUGCAGGCUCCAAAUGUCAGAGCAGCAGAACCUGUGGAUGUCCUUAAAGUAUUAGAAUUUCCCACUGUCCCAGAAGGAGUACAGAAAACUUUAGGAUUUUGCACAAACAGAAGAGCAUCACAGCCCGACACGGCCUACAAAAUAGUCAAGAAUGCCCAGAUCAGUGCCCCAACCAAGCAGCUUUUCCCAGAUGGAGUGUUCCCUGAAGACUUUUCCAUCCUAACCACCAUCAAGCCCAAAGCUGGGAUCCAGUCCUUCCUUUUGUCCAUCUACAACGAGAAAGGCGUCCAACAACUAGGCGUCGAGGUGGGCCGCUCACCUGUCUUCCUGUACGAGGAUCAGACAGGCAAGCCUGCCCCGGAGGAUUACCCCCUGUUCCGCUCUCUCAACCUGGCCGAUGGAAAGUGGCAUCGUGUAGGCAUCAGUGUUGAGAAGAAGACUGUGACCAUCGUUGUCGACUGUAAGAAGAAGCUAACCAAGCCCUUGGGCAGGAGUGACCGUGCCAGUAUUGACACCAAUGGUAUUACUGUUUUUGGCAGCAGGAUCCUGGAUGAGGAUUCUUUUGAGGUAAAGCUGUUUUCAGUGCACGGAUAUCACUCUGAAGGCCUGACUGUGUGA